AUGAUCAAUGAUUAUGUUCAUAGAUCACCACUUGCUCCACCAAUUAUUAUUGUUUGGCAUUUCUAUGAAGCAUAUAAAGCUAUUGGAAAUCAAUGCGCAAGUUUAAGAAAUGCUGAAACAGCAAAAUAUAAUCCAUUUUGUGUACGAUUUACCGAUGUGAAAAAAGAAAGAGAAAUGGUCAAAUGGGAGCAUAUGAAAGCUAUGGAUUAUUUAAGAGAACCAUCAACCAAAGCAACUGGGAAAAGAGGUGUAGCUGAAUCACGUGCUGUGGUAUUUCGUGGUGGUGGAGGUGUUGGUCCUGGUCAAGGACCAGUAAUGGAUUUAAAAAGUGAAAUGUCCAGUGUUACAGAGAAUACGAACACACUUUUAUUGGCAAAUGAAGAUUCUACUGCAGUCAAUGAAGAUGAUCGAUGUGAUGGACAUUUUGUCCGUAUUCCAUUAUUUCAUAAACAUUGUACUUACUUAUUGUCGGUUCAUUACAAUACGUUAUGCAUGUUAUGUGAAAAUACGAUUAAUAUAACUGAUAUCAUUCCUUAA